CAUUUAAACCGCCCCCGCCCUCUAGCAGAACUCCACUCAUUCCCGUGGGAGGGAGAAGUCGGUCAUAAAACAGCAGCAGGCCAGGAGCAUUGUAGUGAACUGGAUUAGCCAGCAGCAAGCAGCUUGUGUCAGAGCCACCAAGGGACCCUGUAGCAUUGCAAAGGUCUGAGGACAUAUCCCUGACCAGUAAACACUUCGCAAUAAGCAGAAGGACAAACCCAAGAGGUGGUGACAGUUUGUGAGGACUGCUUCCAAUCUCUGUCCCAGUGAGACCUUCAGGCACUGAUGAAAGACAGAGGCUUCCUCUCUGACACCAUGUCAAGACACACCAUCCACGUGAAAAGGAGCCAGAGCCCGUCUCCAUCUCCUCGAGUGGAGACCGUUGUCCUGAGUGGGUCCUCUGUCAGUCACAGCCAACCAAGAGCUGUCUACCCAGACCCAGAGCCUGUUUCCGGAGAAUCCCAUAGCCACUGCCCACCCAUGCGGUGGGUUUGCCGGGAGAUCUCCCCUCCGUACCCCAGCUGCUCAGUGCAGGACAGGCCUGAGCCGGGACUGGGCAGAUCCCAAACCUUCACAGUCACCAGUCAGAAGCCUCCAAUCCACGAUGGAUAUCGGCGAAUCACUGCAGCUCGAGUAAAACCACAUCCCGGUCCUCAGGAGGUGCCAAACCCCUCAGAACAGACCUGGAGAAACUCUGAAACAUCAAAAUCAAACUGUGCUGGAAAUGAUCCAUUAUCUCCCACCUUAGACGCAACCAUUGAAAAUCUCAACAAACUGAUUUUAGAGCUGGAUCCCACCUUUCAGCCAAUCAGCACCUGUAACCAAGGAAAUAGUUUCCUGAGCGGCAACACUAGACUCCGGGAUAGGGCCAAUGAGGAGGCCCCAUUGAAUGGACAUCACCCAGGAAUUCUGAUUUAUGACGAAUGGGAUUCGGGAAGAACAAGCAACUCUCAGCGCAGCAUUACGUCAAUCAAUGACGAUCACCAAUCCGAUUCGCUGGGAAUCCAAAUCACUGACACCUCAACCAAUCCUCAAUACCAUCAGCUGCCCAACGCUUCUAGAUACAACAGGCUUGAUACUGGACAACUGUCUUCCACGCCUAGCUCUCUGCCUGCUACCCCAGGUUUCUCCAGUUCUGCUGGUUCACCACAUUGUAACUCCUCUCUUGGUUCCCAAAAUGUGAACACCUUUCCUGGUCAAACUCGACAGUCAUCACUGGGACCUGCACUGAGUUCAAAGCAGCAACAGGGGACAGUGUGCUCUGCUCCAGUCUCCAUAUCCCCACACCAGAGCUCUCAUCCUAUCCCCGUGCUAGCUUCAAAUAGUUACACUGCUCCCAGUGCCAUCUUCAUGCCAAGUGCAGCUGAACAAUAUGGUACCUCACCCUUACACAAAAGCACCCAGAGAGGAGCAGCGACAUCCUAUCUAUCAACCUCAGCAGGUUCGGAAAACAUACUCAAGACUGACCAUACCAGUCACACAGACUGUGCCAUCUCCUUGCUGUCAACCUCACCAGCCUGGGAUACACUGGGAAGCUCCCAGUCUCUGCUGAGUGAUGAUGGAGAGGCAGGACAGAUUUAUAGAUCUACUGGAAGCACAUAUGGAUCAUCCGGAUCAUUUGUAAACCUGUCUAGCCCUUACACUGCCUCACCCGGCUCAUACAAGAGCUCUCUCAGUGACCAACAGCUUCACCAGGCUCCUGGGCAUCCUGUAAACUAUCAGACUGUGCCACGCUCCCGGGGGAAAGGUGACCACACGAGUCAACAAGCAGCCUCUGGCAGCACCCUGGGUAAGCCAAUAGUGCCCCAGAUUAAAGAACACGCGAGUAGCUGCCCACCAUCUGCUGCCAAUUCCUGCACAGACAUCCCCAUCCUCUUGGUGAACGGGAGCACACAAUACUUGGAGCAAAACGCUCACAAGGUGAAGAAUGAAAGAUACCAAUCCAGCUCUGCAAGUACACCGAGUCUUCCCCUCAAUACUUGUUCCAACCUUCGAUUCGCAAAGGCUUCCAGUACCCCCUCCCUUAAAGAUCUCCCGUGUGAGACACACCCUACAGUUAAAUUUGUACAAGAUACAUCCAAAUAUUGGUACAAACCGAAUAUCAGCCGGGAUCAAGCUGUGGAAAUGUUGAAAGACAAGGAGCCGGGUGCAUUUGUUAUUCGAGAAAGCUCCACGUAUGUUGGUUCAUUUGGAUUGGCAAUGAAAGUCUCUGCAGGAGAUCUCAGAAACUCGGAGGAAAAGCCAGAUUUUCCCUCUGAUUUGGUCCGACAUUUUCUGAUUGAAUUCUCCCGAAAAGGAGUGUGUUUGAAAGGAUGUCCCCAAGAGCCAUAUUUUGGGAGCCUAUCAGCACUUGUGUACCAACACUGCAUCACCACCAUGAGCUUACCCUGUAAACUACGCCUGCCAGACAAAGACUGUUUGAACGACAAGAGUGAAGGAGGUAGUCCAGACUCAACUGACAACUCUACGUCUCCCCCGAGAAAGCAGAGUGCAGCAUAUUGUGUUCUGUACCUGAGCUCAGUAAACAUGGAAUCUCUGACAGGGCCACAGGCUGUACUCAAGGCAACUUCCUUAACCCUAGAAAAGGAGCCACGUCCUCAACCCACCGUCGUCCAGUUCAAAGUGACCGAUCAAGGCAUCACCUUGACUGACAGCAAGAGGAAACUUUUUUUCAGACGACACUAUCCUGCCAGCUCUGUCAAUCACUGCGGUUUGGAUCCACUGCAGAGGAAAUGGCGUAAGGAUAAUGAACCUUCCAGGCUUUUUGCUUUUGUGGCGAAGAAACAAGGUGACUCAUCAGAAAAUGUCUGUCACCUAUUUGCAGAGUUUGAGCAGGAGCAUUCUGCUCACUUCGUCAUUAACCUUGUGUCUAAAGUUGUCCUGGAACCGUACAGAAUGUGAUCGAGAAACCGUGGAGAGUUCCAAAACUCAAGCUUGCAGAGUUCAUGCUGGGACCCUGCUCAUGGUGGUCAGUGUGUGUCACUCAGAGCUGGAGCCUGAUGCACUGCAGUGAAAUCCCACUGGCUGGUUAACUGGGCACUUCCACAAUGCCACCUGUUGUAUCUUGUUUCACAGCUACAGCUAAACACUGAGAGAUUUGUCAGUAACCCUCCAUGAACACGAGGCUGUGAUGGAAUGAUAUCCUAUUGCUGUUCUGUCAGUGCGUGGAAUGUGUGCAGCUUUUUACAAAAGCCAUAUUUAUAUAAAAUCACAAUCCUACUGCA